AUGUCUUCCCUUUCUUUUACUCCAACCCGUUACACUUCACGUGACGUUUAUGUACCUCCUUCCUUACUGGAAUGCGAGUACGUUUUUGUACGACAGGAUUCUGUUAGAAAGCCACUGACACCACAUUAUGCGGGUCCAUUUCGUGUCCUUGCCCGGACCGAUAAAUAUUAUACUUUACAGACUAACCACGGCCGAUCGACUUUCUCCAUCGAUCGCUUGAAACCUGCAUGCAUUGAACGCGAUGGAUCAACCAAUCAACCUAAGAGCCCUUCGUUAGACAGCCCUCAGCCUUCGUCACCAGCACCUACUAGGACUGCUAGCAGACGCGAUGGCAAUAGUCAGAUUGUUUCAGACAAUUCAACAAAGAAGACAAAGUUUGCAGUUUGUUUUGGUCAAACGCCAUUUGACAAAAACCAGUUCCAUUCAAGUGAAAUUGAAAUCAAUUAUUUCAUUUUUCCUGAACGAAAUCCAAAAAUGGCUUCGUCGUCUUUGAGGAAGGAAAUUUUGGAAGCGAAAAAAAGCGUCGUCGAUUUGCAGGAAGAUGUCGAAGAAUUGAAAAGCGGCUCCGUCGAGGGAUUGAAUGGACGAAGAAAUCGAUUGAACAAUUAUCAAUCGAUUGCGACGUGA